UAUUUAUUUAAAAAAAUGUGCUUUCUUUUUUCAGAAACAACACCACCACCACCAGCUGCAACCACAACCACACUGGACAUAACAACAGGUCAUUAUUCCUGCCGGUAUAACUGCGGCUACAAUCUCGGUGUGUGUUCCUGCACCAGCUCCUGUCAGUACUACGGAAACUGCUGUCAUGAUUAUUACGAUUAUUGUUUCCCCACAACAACAGAAUCCUCACUGACAACAGUUUAUAUUAGCUGCAGGGAUCGUUGUGGGUAUAGUGGUGCUGUCUGUUCCUGCACCAGCUCCUGUCAGUACUACGGAAACUGCUGCAAUGAUUAUUACGAUUAUUGUUUCCCCAGAACAACAGAAUCCUCAGUGACAGCAGAUUAUAUUAGCUGCAGGGAUCGUUGUGGUUAUAGUGGUGCUGUCUGUUCCUGCACCAGCUCCUGUCAGUACUACGGAAACUGCUGCAACGAUUAUCAACGUUAUUGUUCUCCCACAACACCAGAUUAUGGCUGGACCACAGAGGAUAUAUGGGGAACAACAGCAGCUCCAUGUGGUGGAAAUCUGAUUCAGUCACAAGGGGAAUUUUUCAGCCCCAAUUAUCCCUAUAAUUAUCCCAAUAAUGCACGCUGCACAUGGACCCUGCUGGGUGGAGAACUGCAGGUGGUUUCGUUAACCUUCACGUCUGUCGAUUUGGAGUCAUGCUGUGACCAUAUCUACGUGUACGAUGGUCCGAAUACUCAGUAUACACUUUUGGGUUCUGUGACUGGAAAUCAGACCCAAUUCAACUCCAGCAACAGCUACAUGACCGUCCUUUUCUCCACUGACAGCAGUGUGACUCGACGAGGUUUUCGGGCUGAAUGGACUUUCAAAUAUGCUCCAAUGUGUAAGGAUCAAUGUGGCUUUAGCAACAGCAGAUGCUCCUGUGAGAGUUCAUGUGAACAAUAUGGAAGAUGCUGUCAUGAUUAUUACGAUUACUGUUACUACACGACAUCAGCUCCUGUACCAGCCUGUGGGGGGAGACUUUACGGCUCAGGCUCCAUCUCCAGCCCUUAUUACCCCAGUUAUUACCAUGACAACGCGCAGUGUGUGUGGCAGCUCUCGGCUCCGCCAGGACAGACCAUCUUCCUCUCGUUCCACGACUUUGAUCUGGAGCGCUGCUGCAACUGUGAUUAUGUGAAUGUGUAUGAUGGUCCUUCCACCGCGUCCCAUUUGAUAGAAAAGCUCUGUCACAAUAACACGACCCACCUGGACUUCCAGUCGUCCUCGUCCUACAUGACCGUGCUGUUCAGGAGCGACUACUCUGGGGUUGGGCGUGGCUUUAAAGCCUACUUCAGCUCCUCCCUCAACUCAAACACAGGCCAUGUGGAUUGCUCCUCUGACUGGAUGAACAUUGCCAUCCGUAAAUCAUACUUGGACUCUCUGGGCUUCAACUGGUAUGACCUUUACCUGGAUGACCAUCGCUGCAGAGCUUCAGCUGACUACUACAAUGUCACCUUCAACUUCCCGCUUCAUAGCUGCAGCACCAGGAGAAAGACGGAGAACGGACGUAUUAUUUACACCAAUAAUGUGCGAGCAGCUCAGUCAACAUCAGGAGAGAUCACUCGGCAUGAUACACACUUCCUGAUGCGUGUGAACUGUGUGAUGGAGCGUGAUUCUUCAGUCGGGACACUCUAUGAAGCCAAAGAGAUUUUAAAUGGAACCAUCACUGGAACGGGUCGAUUCAACACCACCAUGGCCUUUUACCCAUCCAGCAGCUUUUACUACCCCAUCACCGAAUCCCCCUACCGAGUAGACCUCAAUCAGCAACUGUACGUGCAGGUGCAGCUAACCCGAGCCGAACCAAGCCUCCACCUGUUCAUCGACUCCUGUGUGGCCUCUCCCAACCAUGAUUUCAGCAUUCGCACCUAUGACCUUAUACGCAAUGGAUGUAAGAGAGACAGCACAGUAACCAUAUACAGAAAUGGAGAUCGUUACUUUGCUCAGUUCAGCUUCCGUGCAUUCAAGUUCCUGCGCACACACAACCAGGUGUUCCUCAGGUGUGACGUCAUUAUCUGCGCUGACAAUGACUACAACUCACGAUGUCGCCAAGGAUGCCGUUAUCGCAGGAAACGUAGCUUGAGCUCUGAUCACCACACUGCAGUUGUCACCCUUGGGCCAAUCACACAAAAAGAUCCAGAGGAGGCUGUAGCCAAGACAGAGGACAAGGAGUGAACUCACAGUGACUGAUUAAUUAAUCACUUAAAUAUAGUUAACUCUGAAUAAUUUUACUAAACUUUCUCUAAUAAAGCAUUCUCUAAAGGCAAA